AUGCAGCGCAAGGCCGCGGCCUUCGAGUCGACGCCCACCCACUCCACACUGGACAUGAGCAGCGAGACGACGGACUUUGAGCGCGGCCCGCCCGAGAGCAGCGGCGGGUUCGUCAAGAUUGGCGGUCCGCUGCCCGACUCGUCCGACCCGCGCGCGAUCAAAGGCGCAGCCAGUUCGCCCGGCAAUGGCCACCGCCUCUUUUACCUGCGCGUGAUCGACUCGCGCAAGUGGCACUACUCGGAGACGUUUGCGCUGUUUCUCGACUUUUUCGCCCAGGUACUGGCCAUCUCGUUCACGCAAAAGACGUCGUUUCAUGACCAAGUGGCGGCCAAAGCGUCGCGCUACUUCUCGGCCGGCCUCAUGCUGUGCUACUUUAUUGACAUGAUCAUCCGCGUGCUGGGGCUGCGGCUCGCGCUCUUUCGCUCGCACUCGAACAUUGCCGACCUCGUGUGCCUCGUGGCAAUGGUCGCGCUCUUGGGCUCGCGGUUCGUCAUGGGCGAGACAGAGUACUUGCUCUGUCUCGGCUACUUGACGCUCGUGGCGCUGCGCCUGAUCCUCAAGCCCCGGGCACGCACGUUUUCGAAAAAGCUGCACAAGUUUCGCACGAACGGCGACCACAUUCGCGUCAGUAUCGAGUCGCUGCGCGCGUCGCUCGCGCGGAUCCCGGGCAUUUCGGCCAUGUCGAUUGAGAUGAUGGAGACGGACCUCGUGAUCAUUUGCGGACGAGACGAAGGCGACAUGACGCGGGACGAGCUCAUGAACUUCCUCGAGCGGGCCCUGCACUACCGCCCGCCGAACCUCUCGGCGACCGAGUUCUUGUCGCAUCUGCGGGACAUUGACGCGUCGUCGUCGACGCUCGCGUACGGCAUCACGGACGUUGUGCGGAGCACGCUGUGGCAUUGGUCUACGCAGAUGGCAGACCUCAUGUUUUGCUUUUUUGUCGUGUGCAUCAAUGCGUCCGUGAGUCCAGCGCUGGCGAUUUUCCUCGCCAAGCUGUCAGAUGCCUUUGAUACGCUGGAUACAGGCGAUCCGAACGAGGCGACGCUUCGGUUUGGUGUCGUGGGUGUCCUGGCACUGUGCGUGCCGUUCGUGCUCGGCGACUACGCUGUCGGCUACUUUCAGUCCAAGAUGAUCUCGAAAGCGACCGAGUCCAUGCAAUCCGCACUGCUCAACAUUAUCCUUCGCCAGGACACGCAAUUUUUCGCCGAGCGAUCCGAAGGCGACUUGAACAAUCUCUUUUCGAGUGACGUAGCGCGUGUGAACGCGCUGUGGCAGGCUGUGUUUUGGAAUCUGUUGAACCCGUUGUUGGCUGUGAUUUUCGGUUUCGGAUACGCCUUGUACAUGGACGCGAGCAUCGGUAUCAUGUCGUUUGCUUUCACUGCUGUGUUGCUUUCCAGUGGCCCGCAGGGCUUUGCAGCUCAGCGAUCGAAAGAGUUUGGAUCGAGGAAUGCGUACGUCGCUGCUGAGUUUCAGAAUGCUGUCGGGUGUGAAAAGGUCGUGCGUGCUUACGCGAUUCAGGACCCGCUCAUUGCUCGUUUCAAGAAAACGUGCGCAUCGCUGCGCAAGAGUCAGUUUUCGAAAGACUUUUGGUCGAGUAUCGUGCAGAUCUAUAUCGAGUCGGCCAUGUAUAUCUUUGUCGCCAUCAUGACCGCCUCGUUGGCCAUGAAGGUGUGGCACAAGGAACUGUCGUCGGGCGAGUUUUUCGGAUUCAUUACGCUAUUGAGUCGAGUAUCGAACCCCGUGACGGUGCUCGGUGGUUUCAUGCGCGUGGCUAUCGGCAAUGCCAGUAGUCUGCAACGAGUGGACGACAUCAUCGUGGGCCUCGGGUCGGUCACUCGCGACGACAAUAGCGACAACGAUAUGCCGCCAUUGCCAAAGAUGCAGCAGGACCUUCGUAUUGAGAAACUCGUGUUCAAGUACGACAAGUCGUCCGAGAAUUACAUUUUGAACGAAUUGACGGCGGCGAUUCCUCGCGGAUCCUACACGUGCAUCGUCGGACCGUCCGGUUGCGGCAAGAGUACGCUGCUAGCAUGUUUGAUGCAGUUCCAGGAGGCUGAUGGGGGCUGCAUCCGUCUCGACGGCCACGACAUUUUCAACUUUUCGAAGAAAUCGUUUAUGGAUCAGACUGCAGUGGUCUUCCAGGACGGUGGCAUUCUCAACGGAACGAUCUAUGACAACAUCCGCUACGGUAACACGAAUGCUUCGAACGCCGACUGCGAAGAGGCUGCCCGCCUCGCAGAGUGCCACUUCAUCCGGGAGCUGAAAGACGGAUUCGAGACGGUGGUGGGUCAGCAUGCAACGUGCAACUUAAGUGGCGGCCAGGCACAACGUAUCUGCUUAGCACGUUCGCUAUGCCGUCGCCCGAGCCUGUUGCUGCUGGAUGAGGCCACGAGCGCUUUGGAUCCCGAGACCGAGGCAUCGAUUGUGUCUACACUGGAGCGCCUCUCGGGCAAGAUGAACAUGACUAUCAUUUCGGUAACGCACCGCUUGUCCACGUCUCUGAAUGCAGACCAGAUUCUGGUCCUCAGUGCAGGGCGUGUUGCCGAAGAGGGUCGCUACGAUGCUCUGGUGCAAAUGGGUGGUCUUUUUUACGAGAUGGUACACAAGGUGGACAAACCGGAAGAGGAUGAAGCUUCUGUCCCCAUGGACAAGGUCGAUAUGGUUUCCAUGGUCAAGGGUCGCGGUCGUGGCGCCGUGGCACGUAGAAACACGGACACGAUCAGCGCGACGGGAGAGGAACCAAAGCAGUUGCACGAUAGUGCGCUGGCAUUGCAGCAGUUUACGAAGAAUCUCAGCUCGCGCGUGGUGCAUGACGUCAGCGAGGGCAAUCGUCCUGCCGGCACGACUUCAUGGUACCGCUAUGGCAAUCGCAACUCGCAUCGCAGUCGCAAGACAAGUGAAGACGGGAUAUCAGCACGCCGCUCAGGGAACAACAGCGUGGAGGGUGGCCAGUGGUAUCCUAGCCAUGACAAUCGGGGUGCGGCGACGUCAGCAGCGAGCGAGGAAGAGCGCAACAAGUACUUUGUGCUAUAG